AUUAAUCGGACCUAUUUUUCGCAGAGUCAAAAUUCACGAUCAGGCGCAAUCAAAACCCGGCGAUUUCUCUUUCUAUCACUCCCAAUCGAUUCAGAAAAUGGUUUUAGGUGGAGCAGCUCCCCCGAGAGGAAGUGCUGCAGCUACUGCGAGCAUGCGUAGGAGAAGGACGACGAGCAGCGGGGCUUCUGGCGGAGCAGCUGGGACGAUGCUCCAGUUUUACACAGAUGACGCCCCUGGACUCAAGAUCUCGCCCAAUGUUGUUCUCAUUAUGAGCAUUGGUUUCAUUGCCUUUGUUGCCAUUCUUCAUGUCAUGGGCAAGCUGUACUUUGUUCGCAGAGAAUCCUAGAGAGAGAGAAUGGUGUUUUACUGACACAACUGAGAACUUAGGUUUCUGUUUGCCAUUUUGGUUGAAGAAAGAAAAACGAGUUACAAUAGAUAUUUGCUUUGUACCUUUAUUUUUCCCCUUUAGUAUGUGAAAGGUUGAAACGUUGAUGCCUUUUGCUUCAGUUUAUCAAAGUCGAACUUUUACAAUCCAACACUCGAGAAGCACAAAAAUUGAGUAUUUCUUGCUUUCUACAUCAGAAUAAUGCCGUUGAAUGAAUUUCUUGUAUUUAUUUGUAGCAACUAAAUAGAAAGAAUGUUUGGUUUGCUGUAAA